UAAGAUGUACGCGUCAACUCGAUUUCUCUCCCGUGUUCAUUGCUUUUUCACGAUUUCUUUUUCGAGUAAUCCUUGUUCGUAAUGGAACGCCACGGCUCCUAGGCCGUUGUUCUAUUUGUCUCCAUGGAAGUCUUUAACAAUACGUGGUCCCGUUAAUCUUUAGUAUAACGCUGUUACUAGACAGCGACGAUGAACGAAGACCUCAAAUUUGCCCUACGAGGGGAUGAGGCAUUGGAGGAGAAAAGCGAUGGAUCGAUAGGUAUCAGCAUCAAUAACAAUCAACCCGGCGUCUCCACCGAAGAAGGGCGCAAACUCGACCAUGUAAUCCGGUGGAAGCGGGACUUGGUCAUCGUGCCGAUUAUGGGUGUUUUGUACAUGCUUCUGUUUUUAGAUCGGACAAACAUCGCCAACGCGCGAGGCAUAGGUCUUGGACACACAGAUGGCAUCGAGAAAUCCCUAAAUAUGCCUUCUAACGGCUUCAAUACGACGCUUUGGGUCUUCUAUAUUCCUUUCGUGCUGGCUGAAGUCCCAGCGAAUUUGAUUCUCAACCUGAACAAGAUUCGACCGGGGAUCUUUCUUGGCGGUCAAAUGUUUCUUCUAGGUGUCCUAGGCAUGUGCCAAGGCCUAUCAAGAAGCUAUGGUGGGCUCCUCGCCGUCCGAUUCCUCCUAGGCGUCUUCGAAGCUGCUCUCCCUGCCGGCGCGACCUAUAUGAUAUCGAUGUACUACACAAGACAUGAAACUGCUACCCGAUUUGCUUGGUUUUUCAAUUUUGCGCUGGCAGGGCCAUUGUUCUCAGGACUUUUGGCUUACGCCAUCCAAAAUCUUAACGGUGCUGGUGGGUACGAGGGUUGGCGAUGGAUCUUCAUCAUUGAAGGUCUAAUGACAUGCUUCAUUGCUGUCUUUGUCAUCUGGCUGUGCCCCAAUUUUCCCCAGAAUGCGCAAUCUUGGUUUCUUACGCCUCAAGAACGCGAUCGUCUAAUCUACCUACUUGAGGCUUCCCGCGGUGCUGAAGCCGAGGGCUCGGCUGUCAACAACGUUCCACUUUGGAAAAUUCUCAUCGACUGGAGGAUCCACCUUCUCACGAUAUGCUUUUUCUGCUGCGAUGUCACGGCUUCCUCGAUAGCUUCGUUUGCACCCACGAUACUUACCGAACUUGGGUGGGUAUCGACCGUGGCACAACUCAUGACAAUGCCAGUUUGGGCUGCUGGUAUUAUCUCGACAUUUGUCAUCACUUGGCUUACUUCCCAUGUUAACCUACAUGCGCCAUUCCUUCUCGUGGCCAUAUGUAUGCAGCUUGUGGGAUGGUGUAUUAUGGUGGCUUAUGUGCCACAGGCUAGCGUGCGUUACUUGGCAUUGUUCUUCAUGGCCGCAGGCACAUUCCCCCAGAUGUCGAUUCUCAUGGGUUGGCUCAGCGCCAAUCUACGCGGUCACAAGUAUCUUGCGGUCGGCAUGGCAUGGAUGGUAGGAUUCGGCAACUGCGCAAACUUCAUCAGUUCAAAUGUCUUUAUCACGACCGAGCGACCGAGGUACCCUACCGGGUUUGCCACAGGCCUUGCCUUCACGUUGCUGGGCUUUGUUCUUACAUGUACCGCAUUCGUACUGCUAUUCGUCGGUAAUCGGAAGCGUGACAAGACCCGUAUGCAUAUGACGGACGAACAGCGUGAGAGUUAUGAUGAAUUGCACUUCAAGUUUGUGUAUUGAGAUAAAAUCGCAUAAAGAAAAAGAAAUGAUUGCUCAUUCUAUGGAUCGUAAUAUGAAUGGCUCAUAAGCGUAACCCACUGAACCCGCCGCAAGGA